CGGUCACACACCGCAACGUGUCCUGCUAAAAGUUGUAGUGCAGAGACUGAGUUUCACACGCUGAGCCGCCUUUCCGCGCACUGGAGCUACAAAGCAGGACAUCAGCAACACGAAAUGUUUUUUUACAGAACAGUCAUCACCUAAUGAUUAAUCAUAGCCAACAGUCAAGCGUGUAUUGUCGCCCUGCUAUUUCUGUGUCUUUGUAAAAGGAAUGAAAAUACGCAAAAGGACGGCAGCGCAUUGUAACUUAAAGAUGGUCUUGUUCCGAGUAGACGGAGCAGAAAAUUUCAGCGGGGGCUCCAGGUUACUAUCCAACGUGGUAUUAUGCGCUACGCGGAUUUAAGGCGUUUUAAACGGUUUCCCGUAUAAAAGCAAGACUGGAAAAUUUUUUCUUCUUCUUUUUUUUCGUAAAUGGUACUUUGAAUGAAUGAUGGCCUCAAGGACGAGUAAGGCUUCGACUCCAUAGCAAACUUCCAGUUACAGUUACGAUUACUGAUUUCUCCAGAGGCUCUGGAUUAAUAAACCCUAAACAUUGUAUGACUGCAUGGCAAAGAACUGGUGUCUGCGUAUAUAGUAAAAUAAUAAUACUGAUAAUAAUAAUAAUAAUAACAAUAAAAGAUAAUAACCUACCCCCCACAAAUGAACUUAUCUAAAGUUAUGUCUUAGUGAAAGGAAAAAUGUCUUACAAAUACUUAAAACGAAUCGAAUUAAUAAACCAACGGAAAACUGUGUCUAGACCUAAGACGCCACAACGUGUAAAAAAGGAAUGAAAGUUGACAUUUUCACAGCAUUAGAAAGAGGGAGUUUUUCAAUAAAGCCUUAAAAUCGACAAGGAAAAAAAAGUGCUAAGUUCCACGCUUCAUUUUCAAUAAGUAUUAAAGCCAGUGGCAGCGAAGCAGAGAGAGAUGGAGUGAAAAAAGAGCUCCGCGAAGGCUGGGCAUCGGGUUUCCACAAGCCAGAAGAAGGCAAGACCCGCAAAAAAUACCUGACCUUCUCCAAGCGGGACCCCGUGCGGGGCGCAGUGGGCGCAGCCCGGUGCGCAGUUCCAGCAGGAGGACAGUGAACCCGGACAGUCGGAGAGUGAGGCGGCUAAUUGCUGAGUCCAUCCCUCAUUUCCAUAGCCAGUGUGUGUCGGCUGGAGUUCAGCCAAUCCUUCUCACACAGCACCAUUAAUCGCGAUGCAUUAUUCACUAUCAUAAUUAUAUACCGACAUGCGCAAUCCGCGCAACUGCAACACCGGCUAAUUUCUGUACUUUUGCAACUCGGCAGCCCCGGACAUUUUCCCUCCGCUCGCCGCUAAUGUCUCUGCUAAAGGCAGGAAGAGCAGGCAGUGAAGCAGCAGCAUGUCCCGCCGCAAGCAAGCGAACCCCCAGCACCUCAAGUCGGACGAGGAGCCAGCUGAUGUAAUUUCUGCAAACGCACCUCUGAGGGAAGGAGUGGACGAUGCAGACAGUGGCAACGAGAGCCGCAGCGGCAGCGAGGAGACGCAUGUCUGCGAGAAGUGCUGCGGCGAGUUCUUCAAGUGGGCCGACUUCUGCGAGCACAAGCAGAGCUGCACAGAGAGCGCGCCGGUGCUCGUCAUGAGCGAGAGCGAGGCCAAGCUCUCGCCGGCGCCCAGCUGCCCCGCUGACCUGCCUGACUUUGAGGACGCGGAGAGAUGCCACUCGCCUGCAGAGGCUGACGUGAGCGAGGACGGGAUGAAAAAGGCCGACGGCGAAAAGGACGACGAACCGAUGGAAGUGGAACCAUCCAGUGAAAAAUCCACGGACCCAGAGCAGCCCGAGCCUCCGUCUGAGCCGGCCGCCGAAUCUCUACCUCAGAUCCCGUCUCCAUCUUCUAUGACGAGCUACAGCAUUCCAAACACCAACGUGACCCUGGAGACUCUACAGAGCACCAGAGUCGCCGUGGCGCAGUUCUCCCAGAGCUUCCGCGCAGGUCUUGGUAGCGGGACGACCACAAUGGCCAUACCCAUGAUACUGAAUCAGCUGGUGUCACUGCAGCAGCAGCAGAUUCACCAACUGCAGCUCAUAGAGCAGAUUUGGAGCCAGGUGGCUGUGAUGAACAAGCAGCCCGUACAGCUAGCCCUGAAUGCAGCCACGACCGCGCAAAGCUCGUCUUCAGUGACCAGGGCAGGUCCUCUUCAGGGCUGCGGAGCUCCCCCUGCCCAGGUGCUUCCAGCUGUAAUGUCCUGUGCUGUAAACGGACAGGCGUCUCUCUCUUUAGCGUCGGCUGUGGAGAGACCCCUGGUACAAAACUUGCAACCUACAUGCGGGAAAUCCAGUCCAAGGUCGAGCACCAACACUUCUAUUGCUGCGAAUACAGAUGCGAGCCCCUCCAGUUGCACCAUGGUAUCUUUGCUGCCCCCAUAUAAUAAUAAAGGCAACAGUUGCCCCCAGCCUCUGAACACCUCAAGCCCUGUAUCACAGGGACUAAGCAACUUGCGCAGCUCUCCUUCUAACUUACCACUACAACCUCCGAGCUCCUCAAGCAGUGUCAUAUUCCCCAACCCGCUAGCCAGCAUCGCUGCCACAGCAAAUGCACUAGAUCCACUCUCUGCCCUGGCGAAGCAUCGCAAGGGGAAACCACCCAAUGUGUCCAUCUUUGACACUAAGGCCAGUUCAGAAGAUCCCUUCUUCAAGCAUAAGUGCCGGUUCUGCGCCAAGGUGUUCGGCAGCGACAGCGCCCUGCAGAUUCACCUGCGCUCGCACACCGGGGAGCGGCCAUUCAAGUGCAACAUCUGCGGCAACCGAUUCUCCACCAAGGGGAACCUGAAGGUUCACUUCCAGCGGCACAAAGAGAAGUAUCCUCACAUCCAGAUGAAUCCAUACCCCGUACCAGAAUACCUCGACAAUGUGCCUACGAGCUCUGGAAUUCCCUAUGGAAUGUCAUUUCCUCCGGAAAAGCCAGGGACCACAUGGCUGGACAGUAAACCGGUUUUACCAACAGUUCCCACCUCAGUGGGUCUCCAGCUUCCACCAUCACUCCCAAAUUUGGGUAGCUACAGCGAUUCCCCAAGUUUCACUCCCUUGAAUAGGUCUCCGCAGAGGCCUUCCCCUGCAUCUAGCGAAUGUGCGUCAUUGUCUCCCAAUCCCAGCACUGAACUUGGUACUCCUGCUGAUUCAGAAUCUCCACGCCUUCCAAUUCGGGAUGACUCCUCUACCCCAGACUGCAAAUCGGAGGGGAUUCACUUGCCCUCAAACUGCAUAACCAGACUAGAGAAAACCCCAAGCCCUCAGCUCCUCCCAGCCAGUACCGGUACAACCACAUCCACAACCCCACAGGUUAUGGAGCCCAACAUUCCCACCUCUCCUAUCUCCAACCCUGUACCCACAUCAGUCGGUGAUCAGUUCAAGGCAAAGUUUCCAUUUGGGGGACUCCUGGACUCCAUGCAGACCUCGGAAACCUCAAAGCUGCAGCAGCUGGUUGAAAACAUUGACAAAAAGAUGACAGACCCCAACCAGUGUGUGAUUUGUCACCGCGUUCUCAGCUGCCAGAGUGCACUGAAGAUGCAUUACCGCAUUCACACUGGGGAGAGGCCCUUCAAGUGUAAAGUCUGUGGCCGGGCGUUCACCACUAAAGGCAACCUGAAGACGCAUUUUGGAGUCCAUAGAGCAAAGCCUCCACUGCGGGUUCAGCACUCUUGCCCAAUUUGCCAAAAAAAGUUCACCAAUGCAGUGGUCCUCCAGCAGCAUAUCCGCAUGCACAUGGGGGGUCACAUCCCAAACACGCCCAUGUUCGAAGACUUCCAAGACAUGGAUACUGAAUUCUCUUUUGAUGAAAAAGAUUUCAGCAACAUGAGCAGUUACGAUGAUGAAUUUAUGGAUGACAACUCUGUAGAUGAUGAUGUAGAACUCAAGGAAGGCAACAUAGAGCCUUCUCAAGUGCAGAUCAACAAUUCUAGUACAUCUGCCAGCUUGUCUUCUCUUUCAGUAAUUUCCAGCAUUGCUGCCCAGGAUAAUCAAAUGAAAGCCAUUGACUCCAUAGUAAACAUGAGCCAUUCCUUUGGGGUUAAGUCAAUGGAGAAUGGGUUUAUAGACCAGGAUCACUUGACUAAUGACUCAUCCUCUGCAGUUGGAGACCUUGAGAGCCAGAGCGCAGGAAGCCCUGCAAUUUCUGAGUCCUCCAGUUCCAUUCAAGCCCUUUCUCCAACCCUCAGCCAGACAGGGAUUCCCCCCUCGAAGUCACCAGGCACAAACAAUGCUGAAGAGACACCAGAAACGACAGUCAAGUGUGAGAAAGCCGAGUCUCCCUCACCUGCAUUUGAGAAUGGGGCACUGAACCUGACUACGGACCAGGUCGGCAAGCCUGUCAUCAAGCAAGAGGCUCAAUUUAACAUGCUGUUCUUGAGCAGAGAGCAUGGUCCAAGUCAAAGUGCCCCGAGUCUCGUCACCAGCACAGCACCCAGCAUGGUCAAAAUCGAAAUGAAUGGCCACAUCAAGCCAAUCUCUGCCAGCGAGGGCACGCACUUACCCUUUGGCAUGGCCGCAGUUCCCCAGACGGCACUCUGCCCCGGGAUUACUACUAUGCCAGCGCCUGCAGCGCCUCCUCGCCGCACCCCGAAACAGCACAACUGCCACUCAUGCGGAAAGAACUUCUCAUCCGCCAGUGCCCUGCAGAUACACGAGCGCACGCACACUGGGGAAAAACCAUUCGGCUGCUCCGUCUGUGGGAGAGCGUUCACCACGAAAGGGAACCUAAAGGUUCACAUGGGCACUCAUAUGUGGAACAACGCACCAGCCAGAAGGGGGCGACGUCUUUCGGUGGAGAACCCCAUGACGCUGCUGGGCAGUGACGCCGUGAAAUUCAGCGAGAUGUUCCAGAAGGACUUGGCAGUGCGAGCCAUGAACGUGGACCCCGGAUUCUGGAACCAGUACGCGGCAGCGAUCACCAAUGGUCUGGCGAUGAAGAACAACGAGAUCUCCGUCAUUCAGAAUGGCGGCAUCCCCCAACUUCCUGUUGCCCUGGGGGGCAGCGGCAUUCCUUCCCUGGGGAGUUUGUCGGGGGGCUUGGACAGAGUGCACAAUGGCAAGAGCCCCACCAUAUUAAGUCUUGAGAAAACGAGCAUGGACGUGAGGGGGGUGCACCCCUUCUCCAGGUUCAUGGAGGAAAACAAAGAGAUUGGGAUUAAUUAACAUAAAAAAAUACAAGUCAAAUUACAAAAGACAGCUUCAGCCGUUAAGUGUGUUUGAAUACUUAUGUACUAUGUUAUGUACAGAAAAUGUUUUUCCUUUUGGAAUUUUAGUAUUUAGCAUCUCUUAGAAAUUUGUUUGGUUUGUCUUUAUCUGGCUCUAAUUUUGUUGUAUUAUUUUUUGCAUUCGUUAUUCUAAAACUCCAUGUUUCAGUUGCACGGUACUCGUUUGGUUCAUACUGUUUGUUUGAAAUUAAUCUGACUUAUUUUAGAGAGAUCAGCCUCUUGCUAAUUUCCUAACACGUCGCUGAUAUGCUGGCCUCUUAUUCCUAUGAGUGAAAUGACAAUGUGAUGUGAUUGUCAUCCGCACAGAGCAAAGCAGGCCUUCAUCUGAUUAAUCUUAUUCUGAUCACUGUACAAAAAGUGGCCUCAAUCUAUGAGAUUAUUUUAGGCCCUAAAGUGAAUUGUGUUCUUGUUCGACUGACUUCUCUGUCAUCAUGUUGAAAACUUGAAUUAUGUUUGAACUCUUGUAAUCUUUACAUUUAGUUCUUCACCAUUGUGUAAUACUAAUGUCUUUAGUAUUUAUAAUAUAAAACAUGCGGGUAUAGGAAAAUAUAUUUAAUAGUCCUCUUUUAAUUUUUUUUUUUCUAAUAUGUGGAGUACCAAUAUUAGGCAGAUAAUGUCAAUUCUAAUAAAGACAAAAGUGUAAUUUUCUUUUAAUAAAAUGGGGAUGUGAUGUUUUAUUUGUAGAUCAAGCACAUGUACUUGAACAAUCAUAUAUUUGCACAAACUAGUAUGAUCAGCUGAUUUCUAAAAGUUAUACAAAGCAGUUUGUUCCAAAUAAAAUGGUCCAAGAGUCUAAAAUGGAAGGCAAUUAAGUUACAUUAGAAUAACGACAUAUUUGUAUGCAUAUUGGGUAAUGCAUACAAGAAUUAGACAAACCUUGUUGCGAGGCAAAGGUCAUGGCAAUGUUUUAGCAUGUUUUAAAAUUAAAGGUUGCUUGGAUUCAUUCAUUAAUCCCAGUCUUAGUCAUAAUCUCUUAAUCCUAAUACAACACAUAAUUUCUCCAUCUGUGACAUAUAUGAAUGUGGCAAGAGAUACCUCCUCUAUAGUAACUUAUUCCACACUGUUGAGAUAAAUGCACGAUGUAAAGAAGCCGCUCUCAUGAAACAUGCAAAAGAAGACAAAGAGAUAGUUAAAUGUGUUUCUUUGGACGCCCGUUAAUUAUGGGUUUCUUUAAUGCUGAUGGUUGCCAUGACUACACAUUGGAUGAGAUCAUUAUGUUAAAAUUAGAAGAAAAAAACAAAUAAAUGACCCAGGAGUGACAGAACACACGGCGUUAGUUUUACCUAUUUCUUUGUUCUUGUGAGAGGAACGUGACAAGGCUGAUGGACAGUAAAACCAGCAGAUGUUACGAAUUACGGUAUUUUCUGCAAAAAAAAAAAUGAAAAUGAUAAAAUGAAAAUACGGUUUUGGCAUUUAGUUUUCAAAGUCUAUGCAAAUAUCCUAACAAAAUGAAAAUUAAAACGAAGUCGCACUUUCUAGUUUUCACUCGUAUGAGUCAGAUGUGAAAAUUUUAAAAAUUAACCUAAAAAACCAUUUUGUCUCUUCAUGUUCAAAUUUGACUUUUUAGUUCUUACUUUGCUUUUUAUUUUCAAGUUCCCAAUGUGCAAAUAUAUGUUAAUUGGAUCAGGCAGUGGGCGGAGCUACAGAUCACUGCCGCGCUUCCUCAGUGUGUUUGUGAAAAAUUACACGGGGCGUAAGUUAGCUACUCAUUUGCAGCUUCCGAUUCAUUUAGCUUAAUUUAGCUUAUUUCAUCUUAAUUUGCAUUUUAUUUUUUGCAGAAAAUACCUCUAAUAGUUACGCAACUCUCAAUUUUAACUGAAAAAGGGGACUAACUUUAGGGGACUAAAGGGGACUGACUAACUAAAUGAAUAUUAACUAAUUAAUAUUAACUAAGGAAAUAUAUCCUAAUAAAUCCCUGUGAUUUAACUUUGAGGACACUGAAGUCUUACAUAGCAAACAUGGCUUAUAACAAAACACACAAAUGUUUCUAUUCUAGAUUUUCGAUACUGAAUUUUUCCCAGAAUAAAUAACUCUUAAGGAAGGAUUUUCAAAAACUGCAUUUCUGGAUAUAUAUUGACAGGGGGUAUAACUAUUGGAUAUGUCCCCUAAAUAUUUCUUCAUUGUUAUUGCUUUGUGUUUUGUUGCCUGUUUUCAUUCAAUGUUGUCCCCAAUAUAAUUUGUAAAUAUAAAUAAUU